ACUUUGCACUAACUUCCUGUCGACAGGGACAAGGUCAUUUCAGUUUUGGAUUGAAGAACAUCUAAAAAAAUAUAUUCUGAAAAUCACAAAAGGUGUUCACAAUGCCAGAUGUGGUAAGAGAGGUUUACAUAGGACUGACUGAGAAUUUGAGAGAUCAAAAACGUGACGUACCACCAGUUCCAAGUUUCAGGAGAGGUGUAAAUAGAUUUAGGAAGAUUUGGGAUCAUCAUUAUCCUGGAUUAGGUGCUGGAUUUGGAUUACCAUUGUUCUACUCGCCACUAACACCUGUAACUGCACAGUGGUACCAUAAUCAAAGAAAUGAGAAAUGUGCAGACAUUGAGUUGGAUUACUUCAGAUGUGCCAGUCGUGUUGGCUUGAGAAAUGUACAGACAGGCAAAGAAUGUCUAGCUGAAUUUGAAGAUUUUAAAGAAUGUAUUAGCGGUUUUAAAUCAGAAGAAAGAAGAUGGGAAAUGGACAGAGAAAGAUACAAACAAGCAAGGGAUCGUAUUGAACCACCUCCACAAUUUACCACAGUUAGACCUUUCAAUAGAGGACAAACAUGCCAUUUAGUUUGAAAGACAGUUAUCUUCUUCUUUAUUUGUUAUUUUUAUUUGUAAUGUUUACUAGUUUGAACUAAGAGAUUGUAUUAAAAAUAAUUGGAAAAAUU